UAAAUGAGAGGAAGACUUUAAUAGAAUUAUCCUAGGGAACAGGAAUGACAGUCCAGGUCCAAAGCAGGGCGAUGUUUGGGCUGACUGGAGCAGCUUAGGAGUAGGGUUGGGAAGUUGAACUUGACCUGAAGGUCCUCAGCUGUGAGUCCUUUGGGGGAGACUAGGUGGCACUCGAGAAGUCUCCCGUGGCAGAGGACCAGAGGAAUGCGUCCAGCGACUUGGGACAUAAGUGAUACCAGAUGCCUUCGUUUGAAGCCCCGGUGGGUAGGUGGCGGUAGCCCCACUAGGCCAGGCCGCAGGUGGCCCCUGAUUUCGGGAUCAGGCCCACUCCCAAAUGCAUUCCUGUGGAGGGGCCGCACUGAGAGAGGCCGAGGCAGUCCUCUGCACCCUUGUUUCUAGUGCCUUCUGGACCUGUGUCCACCUUUUCUUCUGCGUCUGUUUGGCUCGUAAGUUUUUUUUUUUUUGCCUGUGUCCCUCCGGGUCAGUCUCUUCCGGACUCUUAAGAUUUUCCUGUCCCUGUGUUCUCCGUGUCCACCUCUCUCAAAAUCUCUCCCCGCAUUUCUGUCUCUUCCGGUCUCCGAGGCUCUCUGCCAGUCCCCGCAUGCCUCCUUCCCAGCUCCUGGGCGCGUGGGUUCGCCAGAGAAGGUGGGGAGGAGAAAAGGGAGAAGGAGAAGGACGAGGGGCGGGGAGCGGGCGGCACGUGGGGAUUGGAGCCCGGGAAGGAGGAGAGAGGGAGGGAGAGGAGCCCGCGGGAGGGAGGAGAGGGCGGCGCAGGGAGCGACAGGGGCGAGCGCAGCGCGCCCGCCCCAUCUCCUCCGCCUCCUCAGCGUCCGCUCGGCGCGGGCCCGGGCGAGAUGGGCUGGCCCGGGGGCUCCCCCUGCUGCUGCCCCGCCCCGCCGCGCCCCCGCCCCGCCGGGCGCCCCCCGCAGCCUAGGAAAACUGAGCCACAUAGCUUCCGGGAGAAGGUUUUCCGGAAGAAAGCACCGGUCUGUGCAGUGUGUAAGGUGACCAUCGAUGGGACAGGCGUCUCGUGCCGAGUCUGCAAGGUGGCGACACACAGAAAAUGUGAAGCAAAGGUGACUUCCUCCUGUCAGGCCUUGCCUCCCACGGAGCUGCGGAGAAACACGGCCCCUGUGAGGCGCAUAGAGCACCUGGGAUCCACCAAGUCUCUGAACUACUCAAAGCAACGCAGCACUCUGCCCAGGCUUCGCCUCCUCCCCAGGAGCUUCAGCCUGGAUCCUCUCAUGGAGCGCCGCUGGGACUUGGACCUCACCUACGUGACUGAGCGGAUCCUGGCCGCCGCCUUCCCCGCGCGGCCCGACGAGCAGCGACACCGAGGCCACCUGCGCGAACUGGCUCACGUGCUGCAAUCCAAGCACCGCGACAAGUACCUGCUCUUCAACCUUUCAGAGAAAAGACAUGACCUGACCCACCUAAACCCCAAGGUCCAGGACUUUGGCUGGCCUGAGCUGCACGCGCCCCCACUGGACAAGCUGUGCUCCAUCUGCAAAGCCAUGGAGAUGUGGCUCAGUGCCGACCCGCAGCACGUGGUCGUACUGUACUGCAAGGGGAGCAAGGGUAAGCUCGGGGUCAUCGUCUCUGCCUACAUGCACUACAGCAAGAUCUCUGCAGGGGCAGACCAGGCGCUGGCUACCCUUACCAUGAGGAAGUUCUGUGAGGACAAGGUGGCCUCGGAGCUGCAGCCCUCCCAGCACCGGUAUAUCAGCUACUUCAGUGGUCUGCUGUCCGGCUCCAUCAGAAUGAACAGCAGCCCCCUCUUCCUGCACUAUGUGCUCGUGCCCAUGCUGCCAGCCUUUGAACCUGGCAUGGGUUUCCAGCCCUUCCUCAAGAUCUACCAGUCCAUGCAGCUUGUCUACACAUCUGGAAUCUAUCAUGUCACAGGCCCUGGUCCCCAGCAGCUUUGCAUUAGCCUGGAGCCAGCUCUCCUCCUCAAAGGCGAUGUCAUGGUGACGUGCUAUCACAGGGGUAGCCGGGGGACUGACCGGACCCUCGUGUUCCGAGUCCAGUUCCACACGUGUACUAUCCAUGGACCACGGCUCACCUUCCCCAAGGACCAGCUGGACGAGGCCUGGACCGACGAGAGGUUCCCCUUCCAAGCCUCGGUGGAGUUCGUCUUCUCCUCUAGCCCAGAGAAGAUCAAAGGCAGCACGCCACGGAACGAGCCCUCGGUCUCUGUUGACUACAACACGGCAGAGCCUGCCGUGCGCUGGGACUCCUACGAGAACUUCAACCUGCACCACGAAGACAGUGUGGAUGACUCCGUCAUCCAUACCCGGGGACCCCUGGAUGGCAGUCCUUACGCCCAGGUGCAGCGGGCCCCCCGCCAGACCCCGCCGGCGCCCUCUCCGGAGCUGCCCCCGCCCCCGCUGCUCUCUGUCAGCAGCGAUUCUGGCCAUUCAUCCACGCUGACCACCGAGCCAGCCGCUGAGUCCCCUGGCCGGCCACCCCCGACAGCUGCCGAGAGGCAGGAGCUGGAGCGCCUCCUGGGGGGCUGUGGAGUGGCCGCUGGGGGCCGGGGAGCUGGGCGUGAGACGGCCAUCCUCGAUGAUGAAGAGCAGCCCCCGGCGGGCGGAGGCCCCCGCCUUGGAAUGUAUUCGGGACACAGGCCUGGCCUCAGCCGCCACUGCUCCUGCCGCCAGGGCUACCGGGAACCCUGCGGGGUCCCCAAUGGGGGCUACUACCGGCCAGAGGGGACCCUGGAGAGGCGGCGGCUGGCCUUCGGGGCCUACGAGGGGCCCCCACAGGGCUAUGCUGAGGCCUCCGUGGAGAAGAGGCGCCUCUGCCGAUCGCUGUCCGAGGGGCCGUACCCUUACCUGCCUGAGCUGGGGAAACCGGCCAAUGGGGACUUCGGCUACCGCGCCCCAGGCUACCGGGAGGUGGUGAUCCUGGAGGACCCUGGGCUGCCUGCCCUGUGCUCAUGCCCCGCCUGUGAGGAGAAGCUAGCGCUGCCCACGGCAGCCCUCUAUGGGCUGCGCCUGGAGAGGGAGGCUGGAGAGGGGUGGGCGAAUGAGGCUGGCAAGUCCCUCCUGCACCCGGUGCGACCUGGGCACCCGCUGCCCCUGCUGGUGCCUGCCUGCGGGCACCACCAUGCCCCAGUGCCUGACUACAGCUGCCUGAAGCCACCCAAGGCAGGCGAGGAAGGGCAUGAGGGCUGCUCCUAUGCCAUGUGCCCCGAAGGCAGGUAUGGGCAUCCAGGGUACCCUGCCCUGGUGACAUACAGCUAUGGAGGAGCGGUUCCCAGUUACUGCCCAGCGUAUGGCCGGGCGCCUCACAGCUGCGGGUCUCCAGGUGAGGGCAGAAGGUAUCCCAGCUCUGGUGCCCACUCCCCCCGGGCUGGCUCCAUUUCCCCCGGCAGCCCGCCCUACCCCCAAUCCAGGAACCUCAGCUACGAGAUCCCUGCAGAGGAGGGAGGGGACAGGUAUCCGCCGCCCGGGCACCUGGUCCCAGCAGGACCCUUGGCAUCUGCAGAGUCGCCGGAGCCCGUGUCCUGGAGGGAGGGCCCCAGUGGGCACAGCACCCUGCCUCGGUCUCCCCGAGAUGCCCAGUGCAGUGCCUCUUCUGAGCUGUCUGGUCCCUCCACGCCCCUGCACACCAGCAGCCCAGUCCAGGGCAAGGAGAGCGCCCGACGGCAGGACACUAGGUCCCCCACCUUGGCGCCCACUCAGAGACUGAGUCCCGGAGAGGCCUUGCCACCUGCCUCCCAGGGAGGAGCUGAAAGAGCUCCAGAGCUGCCAGCAAGAAGUGGGCCUGAGCCUCCGGCCCCUGGUCCCUUCUCCCCAGCCUCCCCGCCCAGCUCACCCAACGACUGGCCUCAGGAGAGGAGCCCGGGGGGCCGUUCGGACAGCGCCAGUCCGAGGGGCCCUGUACCCACCACCCUGCCCGGCCUCCGCCACACCCCCUGGCAGGCCCUUCGAGACUCCCCGGACAGCCCAGACGGGUCCCCCCUCACCCCUGUGCCUACUCAGAUGCCCUGGCUUGUGGCCAGCCCAGAGCCGCCUAGGAGCUCACCCAUACCUGCCUUCCCUCUGGCUGCAUCUUAUGACAUCAGUGGCCCCACCCAGCCCCCACUUCCCGAGAAGCGCCACCUGCUGGGGCCUGGGCCACAGCCGGGACCCUGGGGCCCAGAGCAGGCAUCACCACCAGCCAGAGGCACGAGUCACCAUGUCACUUUUGCACCUCUGCUCCCGGAUAAUGCCCCCCAUCCCCCAGAGCCCCCUAUGCAAGAGAGCCAGAGCAACGUCAAGUUUGUCCAGGAUACGUCCAAGUUCUGGUAUAAGCCACACCUGUCCCGUGACCAAGCCAUUGCCCUGCUGAAGGACAAGGACCCUGGGGCCUUCUUGAUCAGGGACAGUCAUUCAUUCCAAGGAGCCUAUGGGCUGGCUCUCAAGGUGGCUACGCCCCCACCCAGCGCCCAGCCCUGGAAAGGGGACCCCUUGGAACAGCUGGUCCGCCAUUUUCUCAUUGAGACUGGGCCCAAAGGGGUGAAGAUCAAGGGCUGCCCCAGCGAGCCCUACUUUGGCAGCCUGUCGGCCCUGGUCUCCCAGCACUCCAUCUCCCCGCUGUCCCUGCCCUGCUGCCUGCGCAUUCCCAGCAAAGAUCCUCUGGAGGAGGCCCCAGAGGCCCCAGUGCCCGCCAACAUGAGCACAGCAGCAGACCUUCUGCGUCAGGGCGCCGCCUGCAGUGUGCUCUACCUGACCUCAGUGGAGACGGAGUCGCUGACAGGCCCCCAAGCGGUGGCGCGGGCCAGCUCCGCAGCUCUGAGCUGCAGCCCCCGCCCCACGCCAGUCAUUGUCCACUUCAAGGUCUCAGCCCAGGGCAUCACGCUGACAGACAACCAGAGGAAGCUCUUCUUUCGCCGCCAUUAUCCAGUGAACAGCAUCACCUUCGCCAGCACUGACCCUCAGGACCGGAGAUGGACCAACCCGGACGGGACCACCUCCAAGAUCUUUGGUUUCGUGGCCAAGAAGCCGGGAAGCCCCUGGGAGAAUGUGUGUCACCUCUUUGCAGAGCUUGACCCAGAUCAGCCUGCAGGCGCCAUUGUCACCUUCAUCACCAAAGUUUUGCUGGGCCAGAGAAAAUGAAGGAAGGCCACAAGCUCCAAGCCCACGUCGACACUGCGCCCCUCUCAGCACCCCACUGCCCUCACUUCCCCUGGCCUGGACCCAGGAGACCAGGGAUCCAGCCCCUCCCCUAGGAAUGGGGAGCGGACACCGGCCUGGGACACUGCUCUCUUUCCCCGCCCCCAGCCUGCUAAGCGAAGUGGACGGGCCCAUGAGAUGACCUUGCAUGUGAGCAGAUGGCAGAGAUGGGUGUGUGAAGGGUGAAGAGGCAUCAGCAGUGGAGCCUGGAGGAGAUGGGGAUGGCCCUACCUGCGUGAGAACAUCAGCGCUGGCAGAGACAGGCCCUGCUAGCUACACCCAGCUGCAGGUCCCAGCAUGGCAGGGAGAGGGGAGAAUGUGGGGAGCAAGGAACUCCCUCCUCUGCCUCCCCUCUGAGCAGAGAGAUCAAGAGUGGGAUCACAUGAAAAGGGGGCUAAAAAAGAGUCUAUUUUUGUCUAAUAAUAAAGAGUUUCUAUAACGUUUA